CCCAGCUCUGAGUGCUAGCACUGGAGUGGUUGCGUCGGGGUUGCCGGGAUUGGGGAGACCCGGGGGCCUCGGAGCGGCGCUUGGCGGGCAACCCUCUCUGUCUGUGGACGCGGGACAUCCGGAGCGCUCCGAGGGGCUUUUGCCCUUGAGGAGACGUGGGGUUCCAGGGCGGCAGGUGACAGGGCCAGAGAAAAGAUGGAGCAGUUCGGGGCGGCGGCGUCGGGAGCUGGAGGCAGCGGCGAGGAGCCCGGCGUGGGCCGGAGCAACAAGCGGAGCGCGGGGAACCGGGUCGCCAACGAAGAGGAAACGAAAAACAAACCCAAAUUGAACAUUCAAAUAAAAACUUUGGCAGAUGAUGUGCGUGACCGAAUUACAAGUUUCAGAAAAUCUACCGUCAAAAAAGAAAAACCUCUUAUUCAACAUCCUAUUGAUUCUCAAGCCGUGAUGAGUGAGUUUCCAGCGGCUCAGCCAUUAUAUGAUGAACGAUUUCAGAAUUUGUCUGAAAAGGAAGUUCUGGAUCUCUUUGAGAAAAUGAUGGAGGAUAUGAACCUUAACGAAGAAAAGAAGGCCCCUUUACGGAACAAAGAUUUUACCACCAAACGUGAGAUGGUUGUCCAGUAUAUUUCUGCUACUACCAAAUCUGGUGGCCUGAAAAACAGCAAGCAUGAAUGCACCUUGUCUUCACAAGAAUAUGUUCAUGAACUGCGAUCAGGUAUCUCAGAUGAGAAACUUCUCAACUGUCUGGAAUCUCUGAGGGUUUCCUUAACCAGUAAUCCUGUCAGCUGGGUUAACAACUUUGGCCAUGAAGGACUUGGACUUUUACUGGAUGUGCUGGAAAAGCUUCUGGACAAAAAACAGCAAGAAAAUAUUGACAAGAAGAAUCAGUACAAACUCAUUCAGUGCCUGAAAGCAUUUAUGAAUAAUAAGUUUGGACUGCAAAGGAUUUUAGGAGAUGAGAGAAGUCUUUUAUUGUUGGCAAGAGCAAUUGACCCCAAGCAACCCAACAUGAUGACUGAAAUAGUAAAAAUACUUUCUGCUAUUUGCAUUGUUGGUGAAGAGAACAUUCUAGAUAAACUUUUAGGGGCUAUCAGUGCUGCAGCUGAAAGAAAUAACAGAGAACGAUUUUCACCAAUUGUCGAAGGACUAGAAAACCAUGAAACCCUACAACUCCAGGUGGCCUGCAUGCAGUUCAUAAAUGCACUUGUCACUUCUCCAUAUGAUCUUGAUUUUAGAAUUCAUUUGAGGAAUGAGUUCCUCCGUUCUGGACUAAAAGCAAUGCUCCCAGGUCUUAAAGAAAAAGAGAAUGAUGAGCUUGAUAUUCAGUUGAGAGUGUUUGAAGAGAACAAAGAAGAUGACCUAACUGAAUUAUCCCACCGUCUCAAUGACAUUCGAGCUGAAAUGGAUGAUAUGAAUGAAGUCUACCAUCUUCUCUAUAAUAUGCUGAAAGACACUGCAGCUGAAAAUUACUUAUUAUCCAUUCUGCAGCACUUUCUGCUUAUCAGAAAUGACUAUUAUAUAAGGCCACAGUAUUAUAAAAUAAUUGAGGAGUGUGUUUCACAAAUAGUGCUGCACUGCAGUGGUAUGGACCCGGACUUCAAGUACAGGCAAAGAUUAGACAUUGAUUUGACUCACCUGAUAGAUGCUUGUGUAAACAAGGCAAAAGUUGAAGAAAGUGAACAAAAAGCAAUGGAAUUUUCAAAGAAGUUCGAUGAAGAAUUUACAGCUCGUCAGGAAGCUCAAGCGGAGCUUCAGAAAAGAGAUGAAAAAAUCAAAGAACUGGAAACAGAAAUACAGCAGCUUAGAGCCCAGGGAGCUCCAUCUGCGAUGCCAGGCCCACCUCCACCACCUCCACUGCCAGGUGCUGGAACAUGCCCACCACCUCCUCCUCCACCACCACCACCACCACCUCCACUUCCUGGAGUAGCUCCUCCUCCUCCACCACCCUUACCUGGUAUACCUGGUAUUCCACCACCACCACCACCUCCCCCUUUGCUUGGAGGACCUCCUCCACCACCACCGCCUGGAGGAAUUCUUCCUCCCCUACCAGGAGCAAUUGAGCUACCAUAUGGAAUGAAGCAGAAAAAAGUAUAUAGGCCAGAAGUAUCCAUGAAACGAAUCAACUGGUCCAAGAUUGAGCCUAAAGAAUUAUCUGAAAACUGUUUCUGGAUAAAAGUAAAAGAAGAAAAGUUUGAGAAUCCAGACCUAUUUGCAAAAUUGGCCUUGACAUUUGCUUCCCAGAUAAAAGGUCAAAGGAAUGCAGAUGCUGCAGAAGAAAAUAGGCCUGAGCCUCCAAAAAAGAAAAUGAAGGAAUUGAGGAUUUUGGAUCCCAAAACAGCCCAGAAUCUGUCUAUAUUUCUAGGAUCUUACCGCAUGCCAUAUGAGGAGAUAAAGAACAUUAUUUUGGAGGUUAAUGAAGACUUGCUCAGUGAGGCCCUAAUUCAGAAUCUUGUUAAACAUCUUCCUGAGCAGAAUGUACUCCGAGAACUAGCAGAGCUUAAGAAUGAAUAUGAUGAUCUCUGUGAGCCUGAGCAGUUUGGUGUUGUGAUGAGCUCGGUGAAAAUGUUACGGCCUCGUCUCACAAGCAUUCUUUUCAAACUCACCUUUGAAGAACAUAUAAACAAUAUCAAACCAGGCAUCAUAGCAGUAACUCUUGCAUGUGAAGAGCUGAAGAAAAGUGAAAGCUUUAACAGACUUUUAGAGUUGGUUCUUUUGGUUGGAAACUACAUGAACUCAGGCUCAAGGAAUGCCCAGUCUUUGGGCUUUAAGAUCAACUUUCUGUGUAAGAUCAGAGAUACAAAGUCAACAGAUCAAAAAACAACUCUUUUGCAUUUUCUUGCUGAAAUCUGUGAGGAAAAACACCGAGAUAUCCUGAAAUUUCCUGAUGAGCUGGAACAUGUGGAAAGUGCAAGCAAAGUUUCAGCUCAAAUUCUCAAGAGCAACCUUGCAGCGAUGGAACAAAACAUUCUUCAUCUGGAGCGUGACAUCAAGAAUUUCCCCAAAGCAGAAAGUCACCGUGAUAAGUUUGUGGAAAAGAUGAUGAGCUUUACAAAGAAUGCCAGAGAGCAAUAUGAAAAAUUGUCCACCAUGCACAACAAUAUGGUGAAGCUCUAUGAGAACCUGGGAGAAUACUUCAUUUUUAAUCCGAACACAGUAACUAUAGAAGACUUUUUUGGUGAUCUUAACAACUUCAGAAACCUAUUUUUGGAAGCACUGAAAGAAAACCAUAAGAGAAAAGAAAUGGAAGAGAAGAGCAGGAGGGCAAAACUUGCAAAAGAGAAAGCUGAACAAGAGAAACUGGAACGCCAGAAGAAGAAGAAGCAGCUCAUUGAUAUAAACAAAGAGGGUGAUGAGACCGGAGUGAUGGAUAAUCUUCUGGAAGCCCUACAGUCAGGUGCAGCAUUCAGAGACCGCAGAAAGCGAAUUCCAAGGAAUCCAGAUAACAGACGGGCCCCUCUGGAAAGAUCACGCUCUCGCCACAAUGGAGCCAUGUCAUCCAAGUGAUUCCUGAUGCCAAAAAGAAUGGAGACAUUUAAGAAAACAAAAUCAUCCAUCUUGAGAAAAACAAAAUAUACACUCAAGGGUUUGAUUGGAAAUAAAUGCAUUUCCACAAAGGUCAAGCUGAGCUGGGUGAAGUAAUAGGUAUUUGUAGGAGUACUGCAAGUCUACUAAUCCGAACCCAGCUGUCCUGAUUAGAAACAGUUGUUCCUCCGUAGUGUAAAGACCCACAUUACUUGACAUUUGGAGACAUUACCUGACUGUGGAGAGAAAAGUAUAAAAAGAAAAUAGAAGAAUCCUAAGGCUCCUACAAACAUUCCGGUCUGUCAAAGAAUGUAAAACUGAAAUUUCUAGGUUACACCUACCCACCCCACCCCACUGUCCAAAAAAUAAAAUAAAAUAAAGAGAAGGAAAGGGGAAUAGAUAGGAGGACUUUUUCAGUGUCUACUUCUAGCUCUUCGUGUGUAUGUAUAUACUGUAAAGUCCAAGAGAAUGGGUGCGAAUAGCACACUCUGAAAGAGAAGCCCCAGUAAGGUAUUUAGAACUGAUUUCAAGUGAAAGCUGAUGGAUUCAUCUAUUUGGCAGAAAUUAAUCUUACCAUUAGUUUAGUGUUUCAGCAUGAUAUCGCAGGCACUUGUCAUUACUAAAAAUAAACUAAAGUUUAACAAAAUCAGCUAGAUUUCAACUUUAUUUAAAAAGUGUUCUAAUUCUGCAUAGAUAUCUGCCUUAUAGAAAUUCUUUGGAAAGCUAUUUUUGAGAAAACCUCUACACUUCAUGCAUAUGCUAGGGAUGAGCCUGAAAAUUCUAUUGCCUUUAUUUAGAUUUGAGAGGAAAAUAUUGAUUCCUGGUUCUUCACUCUAGUGCUUCUUUCUCCCUUCAUCCCUGAGAGUUAGGGAAUAGAACUGCAGAAGAGUCCAGAGGGAGGAAAGGGAUUUCAUUAUGCAGCAGGCAGUAGAAAACUUUGUAAAGGUCAAUUGUUUUAUCUCCCUUUCCACCCCUUUACCUGUUCUACUUUGGUAGUUGAAGUAAAAGCAAGUAUCUGUGCAUGUGUGCGGGUGUGUGGGUGUGUGUGCACACGUGUGUGUGUGUGUGCAUGCAUGUGCAUGUAUGUACGCACGUGUGCAUGCAUGUGUGUGUGCUUAUAUCUCUUACUACAGUAAUUCCAUAUCCUGUAACAAGGUAAACCUCUCUGUCAUCACCAUACUUACUUACCUUAUAUUAUUAACACAUUUCAGUGAUGCUGCCAAAACAACACUAGUAGAUAAAGAAGCUCGGCAUUGUUUUAAAUAUGUGAGAGAGCAGAAGUUAUACUUAACUUGUCUAUUUGCUUACAAUGUGCAUUUGUAAUAAUUGGUAUAACUUGUCUGGAGUGUAAUUUCAAGACUAAUUCAUGCAGAUGAUUGUGAUUGCUGUAAAAGAUUGCUUGUAUGUAUAUUUCUUAUGUAGAAAAUUCUAUUUCCCCAAAGCACAUUAUAGACAUUCAGAGAAAAGAACAAAUGACUGACUUAGCAAGCCACCUUCUGAGAUAAUGUAAACAAGUGACCAGUAGCUCACAGCAUCUUUAUACUGAUGUAUAUUAAUUUAAACUGUUGCCUUUCAUCCUAGUGCAUUCUUACUUGGGUAUUAUAAUUCAAAAUACUCUGAAGCUGCUAUAAUAGAGAAAUCAGAAGGUAA